AUGAAGCUAAUCAGUAUCAUUGUUUUAUUAUCUACAGUGUUGGUAAAGGUAAAUUGUGGAGGAGCUCACUUAAAUCCUAACGUAUUCAAGGGCGUUUGUACUGAAUUGACGGCCAGACUACAAGUAUUGAUGUCGAACGCUGAAACUCAGGUAGGUAAAAUGGUUAUGAACGAGGAUUUUAUGAAUAGUUUAUCAUUGUUUAAAGAAAAGCUUGGAGAUUGUGUUACGGCAUGUGAAUCAAUUGAGAAUGUUUUACUACCACCAGGAUUAGAAAACGAAAUAUUUAUAGAGGAAGCAAAGUUAAGGGUACAUGGAUUAACAACCAAAAUUGAUUUUGAAAUAAACGAUAAAAAAAUUUACAAUUUUAUUGAUAAGGGGUUUGAAGCUGUUGUUGAGUUAGUUGGAAUUACAAAACAUUUACUAAUAACAUAUAUUGCUUCUGGAGAUUUUUCAACGAUUGAAGGAUAUUACAGAGCAUUUAUUCCAAAACAAGAUGGAUUUAAAAUGAAUAUGACAAUUAUAUCGUUUUCUAUUCCCUUAAUUCUUGUAAUGUCAAAUGCUUUAUUAGGAUAG